CAUCUCAGAAUGGUAUACAACAAGUAUGGUGAACGUUGUGGUCAAACACGCGGUUGAAAUUCGAAGGCAGUUCAGUUCAGGUUUUCAAACAGAGAAGGGGCCUUACUAGUGACAUAUCUCUUUUCCUACAGCAGGGAACCUAACCAUGGUCUUGUGAUACAAUGAACAAUCUUAAUGCCUUGGCGGCUUUGAAAUUUGUAGCGUUUAUGGCGGCGUUGGUUUCACUAGAAGGAAAUGGAAAAUCGGACAGCGAGAAAAACAGUGGUUUGUCUGCUCGGAGCAGCUCCUGUUCGCUCGUGCUUGUGAGUACGUUGGAUGGUCAAUUGAGCGCGUUGGAUACACAAGAAAAUGGAAAGCUAUUGUGGAGUUUGCCAGCUUUUCACGGGCCUCUGCUAUCAUCAAGCCUCAGUUCGAUUCAGAUGGCAAAGCAUGUGGGCUUGAUCCCAUCAUUAGAUGGUGGAUUGUAUCAAGUCAAUGGAGACAAAGUUGAGCCUAUCCCCUUCACUGCUGACACACUUCUCGGCUCAUUCUUCAAGCUGCCUGAUGGUUCAAUUUUAGUUGGUGGCAAACAAGCCACUACUUGUGGUCUUAAUCCAUACUCUGGAAAGGUCAGUUACAUUUUUGGUAUCCAAUUAUUUGGCAAUGGUCACUGCUCUGUUGAAGAUGACACUGUAUUUACAGAUUGGAGUCUGCAGGUGUCCAUCCCCAAUGGUCUUGUAGCUGCCGUCAACACUCAGGGCUCAACAGAAACUGGAGUUGUAUUAUGGAGCCACCAGUUUGAUUCCCCCAUAGCAGCUGUUUGGAGGUUGAAUGAAGGUCUUGUUCAGCCAGUGACGUUACUUACUAAGGAUGUGAUGCCUGAGUUAGCUCCUUCUUCUACCCAAGGAGAGGUUCCACAGGGGCCAGUAAUGUACAUAGGGAAACAUGAAGGUCAGGUUUACAUUCAAACAUCAGAACCAUUUAAUCCUGAUCAGGAAAACUUAGCAGCAAGAAUUGAUGAUGUGAGUGGUAAUGCUGUGGCACAGAGGCCAAGGCAGAUAACUUGGAGGCCAUACUUAACAAGUUCACCAUCACGAACACCCACUGUGGUCACAAAAGACUUAGCUGUGUGGAAUCCUAUGGAAUAUCCUUUUGACAAUGGUUAUUACCUUUAUGGUGAGGUGAUGCCAGUGAUUCCACCACACAACAAAGAUAAACAAUUGCUUCCCAUGGAUUCUGAAGAUGCUUUGAUGAAAGAUAAGAAUAAUGGUUCAGGAACAACUGUGGACAAUCAGGCUGAGUCUUCAAUAUGGUGGCAUGGUGCUGUUUUUGUGACUGUUGCUGUGGCUGUUGUGGUGCAGUUCAUGAUUCAUUUCCUCCGUGGACAAAACAAAGAAAAUGUGAGUUUGGGUCAUGUUAGACUAAUUCUUGCUUUUUCAAUUACAGGACAUACUGAUGAUCAAUAUUUUCUCCCUGUAAGGCAUGGUGCUGUUUUUGUGACUGUUGCUGUGGCUGUUGUGGUGCAGUUCAUGAUUCAUUUCCUCCGUGGACAAAACAAAGAAAAUCAUGAAGCAAUAAUGAAAUACCAGAGGAUGCCUUCAAACACAUUAACAGCAUGUUCAUCUACAGCAUCAAUAGAAACACUCAAGGAAUCCUCUACACCAAGCUCCCCUGAUUUAACACUAUCAAAUUCUUUUGUCUCAAGAUAUUUAACUGACUUUGAACAUGAACUGUGCCUUGGCAAAGGUGGCUUUGGUCUGGUGUUUCAAGCUAAGAACAAGGUGGAUGACUGUAAAUAUGCCAUCAAGAGAAUCCGCUUACCAAACUGCUGGAAUUUAGUUGAAUCUAUUGAUGCCAGUGUCAGCUGUGUUGGAUCUUUGUCCUCAUCUACAAACACAGAAGACUCUGACAUGUCUAGGGAAACUGACUCAUCAGAGGAACUGUGUCUCACAUCUUCACAUCACUCCUUACUAUCAAGAGAAAAACACAACUGCCAGAAUAAGUCUUGCAAUGCUGAUAAGCUGUCAGCUCCAUUGUACCUGUUUAUACAAAUGCAGCUGUGUCAGCAAGAGAGCUUAAAGGACUGGCUUAAAACCAAUCAAGAAAGAAACCAUGUCUUCUGCUUGACAGUCUUUGAACAGAUUCUUUGUGCUGUUGAAUACUUUCAUGGCAGAGGACUUAUGCACAGAGAUUUAAAGCCAUCCAAUAUUUUCUUUUCUUUGGAUGGAUCAGUAAAAGUUGGUGAUUUUGGACUGGUUACAGCACACACAUCAGAAAAUAACAUGGACACACCUGUAAAAGGUAUGUUGGGAAAAUAUUGUCACAGUGGUUCCUCUUUAACCCAAAUAUCAAUUGAAUUUGAAAUACUUUAUACUCCAUCUUCGUACAUUUGUCACAUAAAACUACAGAUUCUUUGUGCUGUUGAAUACUUUCAUGGCAGAGGACUUAUGCACAGAGAUUUAAAGCCAUCCAAUAUUUUCUUUUCUUUGGAUGGAUCAGUAAAAGUUGGUGAUUUUGGACUGGUUACAGCACACACAUCAGAAAAUAACAUGGACACACCUGUAAAAGGUUCUUUUGUAGAUGACAGUCAUCACACUAGUCAAGUGGGAACACAAUUAUACAUGAGCCCAGAACAGAUGGAGGGAAAAGCAUAUUCACACAAAGUAGACAUUUUUUCUCUUGGACUGAUCUUUUUUGAACUGUUUUGUCCAUUUGGUACACAAAUGGAGAGGAUAAAGGUCAUGUGUGAUGUUAAACAAAGAGUCAUCCCAAGUAACUUUGAAGCAAAGAUGCCACUACAGUCAAAACUGGUUCAAUGGCUUUUGUCAUCCACUCCAAAGGCAAGACCAAAUGCCACAGAAGUUAAGAACAGUGACCUUCUAAAACAAAUUAGUUUAAAGAUAUCUGAAAAUACCAUUCCCAAAAGUUAGCCAAAAGAUUGUGCUCUCAAAUUUUCAAAUGGCAUCAAGAGAGGAAAGAUGCAUCACGAGAGAUGGGUGGUGAAAUUCCUUUUUUUAAGCAGGCAUACGUGGGUUAUUACUGUGGAGUGUCAAAAUAGGGACUUGUAUUGUAAGAGGUACAAAGGACUGUGACUCUGUGUAGUCCUGAGCAUUCACUGUUCCGCCAAAGAGCUUGUGGCUGGGUUCUGCUAGGAGUAAUGUUUUCAAUUUGAAAACUAGAUUUACAAAUGUUUUAAUGAAUUAAUGAUAUUUCAUGUAUUAUCUUACUAGGAAUGCUUUUUAGAUGACAAUCUUUUUAUUAUGUGGCAGUGGCUACUUAUUGGAGUAUUAGUGUUGUGGGCUUUACAAGUCAGAAUUCCCCUUUUAUUACUGGUAUUUGUUGUUCACUAUAGAGGUGGUAUAAUAUAUGUGAACCAUAUUUUUCUAUUUUAAAACGAGACUGUAGAUAUUGGUGUAUAUAAAACAUGUGUUAUUUAUUAAAAAUGGAAUAAAAGUGUACAAAUCUGA